AUGGCUUCCUCGGUCUUUUUCAAGUUCAAGUCCCAAAAAGAGCCCACCCGGGUCGAGUUUGACGGGACGGGUAUUUCUGUCUUUGAGCUGAAACGUGAAAUCAUUCUUCGGAGCGGGCUCGGCGAUGGUACCGACUUUGAUCUGGUUAUCUGUGCAGACGAGGGCAUGAAAGAGGGUAGGAGUUCAUUUUACGACGAUGACACGACAAUUAUUCCCCGGUCUACAACAGUAAUUGCCCGGCGUAUGCCUCCCAAGAUACCCGGUAGGGGAGGCGCCGCUCGCUAUGUAUCCGGCAAGAUGCCCGUGCAUGCCAAAAACUCAUCUCGUCGAGAGCAGAUUGUCAAGCCGACCGUCAAGACACAAUCCAACACAUUGGCCCAACUGAGCAGUGCAAUGACGGAGGAGGAGAAGAUGGCGGCUGUGUUCCAGGCGCAAACCGAGAACUUUACUGCGCGGGAAGAAGAGAUGGCAACGCAACAAUAUGUGGCGAAAGGAGGUCCGAAGAAGCCGACCAACGUUCCGGACCACGACCCCCCACAGGGCUAUAUUUGCUACCGUUGUGGUGAAAAGGGCCACUGGAUCCAGCUGUGCCCAACCAAUGACAACCCAGAGUAUGACAAUCGCCCUCGUGUGAAGAGAACCACGGGUAUCCCUCGGUCAUUCCUCAAGACUGUGGACAAGGCGACCGCGCUAGGGCAGAACGCCGACGGCGAUGACUCAAAGACGCCAUCGGGCAUUAUGGUCAAUGCUGACGGGGAGUUCGUGAUUGCUGAGCCUGACAAGGCGUCCUGGGAACAGUUCCAGGCCAAGGCCAAGUCAAACCCCGCGGCCCAAAAGGCCGCUUCCGAUGGAGACAAGGAAGUCCAGGAAAGAGGCUUGAUGUGCCCCAUCGACAAGAAAAUGUUCAUAGAGCCAAUGAAGACUCCAUGUUGUGAGCAGACGUAUUGCAAUGAUUGCAUCACUAAUGCUCUCAUUGAGAGCGACUUCAUCUGCCCUGGCUGCAAGACUGAAGGCGUUCUAAUCGAUGAUUUGAAGACGGAUGAGGAGGCGGUUGAGAAGAUAAACUCGUUUCUUGCCGAGAAGGACACCAAAGGGAAGGAGACGUCUAAAAGCCCCAAGAGCCCUACAGCACCAAAAUCACCGGCAACAAAGUCGCCGUCGACUGCUGGAGGAGACGAAGCCCAAGGCAAAGAGCAGGGCAAGGAGCAGGGCAAGGAGCAAGGCAAGGAGCAAGGCAAGGAGCAAGGCAAGGAGGAGGGCGCAGCUAAAGCACGCUCGAAAUCGCCACCGGUAGCACCAGCUGGCACAGCGGCGAAUCAAACAGGUCAAACUUCCGCGCCUACACCUUCGCAACGAGAUGCUACAUCGACGCCUACUGCCGGAGAACCGGCCCAGGCUUCCAAGAAACGGCCUGCGGGGGAUCUCUUGGAAAACCCAAAGAUCCCCAAGGCCCCAAAGGCAAUGCAGAAAGCUCAGGAAGCCCAGCAGCCGCAGAAUAUGAUGAUGAAUCCUAUGCAGAUAGUGCCACCUGUCGGCAUGAACGGGAUGAACAUGCCAGGAAUGCCCAUGAUGUACCCAGGCAUGCCGAUGAUGCCAAACUACGGCGGUAUGCCCAUGAAUAUGGGCAUGAUGAACCCCAUGAUGAACCCUAUGAUGGGACCCGGCCUGAACGGCGCUUUUCCAGGCAUGGGCAACAUGGCAGGCCCCGGCGGCUUUAAUGCUAUGGGUCCAGGGAUGUGGCCGGGCGGAGGAGAUAUGGGCAUGAACGGCGCCGGCAACAUGGGCCGGGGCAUGAACAACAACAUGAACCUCGGUGGCGGCGGCUAUGGCGGCGGCCCGCAGCCGCAACAACAGAUGAUGAUGGGCCACAAGAACUUUUCACACCAGCCUGCCGACGAUGACGACGCCUAUUUCCGCAAACCCGUCAACCCGCAUCGUCACCAAAACAGACAGCGGCGUGUCCGGCCAAGCGAUUACAGGGAACUCUGA